AUGGACGGUAAUUUCCAUCACCGUCAUCGACGUGCUGCUGGAGACUGUCCAAAUUUCUAUGACCCUACCUAUUUUCUCCCCAAAAGCUUUGUUGACGCAAUUGGGCACCAUAUCGACACUCAACGUAAGCGACCCGUGAAGUCUCACGUGCCCCUCAUCCCCAACAAAGCCGUUGACCAAUGCGAUGCUUACGAGGCUGCUGAUGGCAAAAAACAGAAAGCCGCUAUGGAUAGCUUUGAUGACACUGCAAUCAUGGCCCUUAUCUCAGAAGUAUUCAGUAGCUUUACUUCACCACUUCUUUCAUUUCUUCUGCCUGAAGCUACUGUCAUAGCCCUUUAUGAUAUUGGCUGUGUUUUGGCACGAACACUCUCCAAGUAUGACAUUCUUCCCAUAAGUAUCACCUCACACCUUCGAUUUGCAACCACUGCAAUGCACGCAUAUGGCCACAAGUGGGCUUGCCAGCUCAUAUAUAAUCCACAAAUAUGUGUGGGUCUUGGCUUAUCCGAUGGCGAAGGGACUGAACGCCUUUGGUCUUGCUUAGUUCAAUUGAUAGGUGUUGAGCACACUUCUAGUCGCCAACACUGUUUAUGGCUAAUCGAUCGGCAAGCAGUGGCUAUAGCUUCAGAGAUGCGAAUUGACCUUGGCGACUGGAUCAAACGACGCCUCAGACGGGGCAUCAAGGAGCAAGGUUCGGCAGCCCAAGACGCGCUAGAUCGAUGUGGGGUCCCCAUUGAAGAAUUGCAGUCCGAGUGGUUGCAGCAAAGGCAUUCUCAGUUAUCUAUCCGUGCUCAUGCGCCCGCCCGCCUCAAGAAGGAGUUGGACACUGUCCUAGCUCUCCAGGCAGAUCUGGACACCUCAGACAAAGCAUUGCAAACUGCCAGGACGAUGUUGGAGAAAGAUAUGGCUUCAGAUGAUACUCCAGAGGCUCUCGAAAGUCUAGAGAGGGGACACGAUCGCCUGAUGAACAAGGUCGAGGCUCUUUACUCUUCAUUGAACGUUCAUGACAGGUUCCCUGAGCUUCAUGGCAUCAAUCUCGAAUUUGUUCGCAUCCUUCUAAUGGCACGCGAUCUCAAAAUGAACGUUCAUAAACAUGCGAUUGCAAGUUUCUUUGAGUGGGAUAAACUUGAUCGAGCAGUAGGUGGCAUCCAGCAAGUGUUAGGCACCAAGCUGCAUCAACAGACAUGUAAAGCAAUUUCAAAGUGUCAGCCUGCACUAAUGACCGCUAUCAGGAGAUUCAACUCCUACUGCGAGCGGCUCAAUUCAUUGUAUGAUACAUCCUGGGGGAUUCCACUGCCCGCACCCCUUCCCACCAAACUUGCGGAACUAUGUUCUGACCCAGGACUGAUGGAGGAUGUAUGGAUUACGCCAUCUCUUGGAGAGGUUCCACGAUGGUUAGACGACACAUCCAUAAGAGAUGGUAUUCGUGCACUGCUCAAGCAUGACCGGUGUCGAGAGGAGCAGGUUCAGCUGGGUGUUGAGGUUGAUAACCUGUGCCGCUUCUUUGGAAAUGAGUUGGCGGCGCUUGAACUUGCCCUUUGGUCGCCGAAGAGUGAGCCUUUCGCAGUUCCAUUGCAGCAACGGCAUCCCAAUUUUAUCCGCCUUCAAACACGAUGGUCAAAUUGCUUAGCUUCUUCAGUACGGUUUACUAACAAAGUCAGCAAGGCAGUGGCCAUUGCGACCACCCUCUCGGGAGGCUCGCCAAACAUGAUGUUUCACUGGAUUAAUGCCAGCACGCUGGUAGUGCCUGAUUCUGUGGGUAGUGAUGAACUCCCUAUCGUUGAUCCUGACCAUUGCCCCCAAGUUGAUUCUGAACAAGCAGCACUUGCCAAUGUCCUGGAGGGUGAGAUGGGGGCAUUGGAGUUAGAUGACAAUGACUCAACAAAUUAUGGGUGCAAAGUUAAUGCCAUGAUUUGCUGGAACCUUCCUGAUAAUCUCCUUGUGGAUGACUUCUGCGUCCCAUCGCAAGAGCCAGACAUCCUUGACCCUGCUAAAAAUUUUGCACGAAUACGACCUUCACAUGAUGGAAUCCCUCGUCUACUUUUUGAGCCAAAAGACAUUGGUAUACUCAGUUCUCCUACUGCAUGCCUCAAUGAUAUAUGUAUCAACAAUUGCGCCAUUCUCCUGUGGUGCUCUCAGCUGAAUACUUCCACUACACAGUGCGCAAUGCUCUCUACUCAUGAUCUUCCCCACAUUCAUUAUAAUGCCCCAGACGAUAUCAUCUGGCGCCACACAUCGUGGAUUCGUUAUUGGGAAAAAGACAUCUGGGUACUUCCAAUUCAUCAUCCGUCAUGCAUUGGACACUGA